AUGGCCUGCAACCACGGCCACGGCUCCAGCUCGUAUCCAGAACUCAACUACAGUGCCGGGGCAAAAUGGAUCAAGAACCUCACCAAGGACCGGCUGGGCAACUUCAACGGCGGUCACUACUCCGACAUUAACCUAGGCUCGGUGCUGUUCACGCAUAGAGUCGACAACGCCGAGCAUGUGCAGCUCAAAGUAUGGAGUGCACCUGGCCUUACGAAACCGACGUUUGAGGAGGCGAUGCAGCAAAAGUUCAAGACGGCGAAGAAGGGAGACUCGUUUGGGCCUUCAUCUGACCAGCCUCCGCAGACGAAUCACUGGUGGAAGGUUUCAGUCGUCAUUCCAAAGUACUGGAAGCAGUAUGAACGGGUUCAAUUUGAAUUCGACCCAGGAUGCGAAGCCAUGAUUUUUACCACAGACGGUGUACCGCUUCAAGGCAUUACUGGCGGAUACGGAGGCGACCGCAGAGUCGAAUACAUCAUCCCAAAAGAAGCCGUCGAAGCGGGUAGCCACGAAUUCGUCAUUGAGUCGAGCUGCAACGGAAUGUUUGGCGUGCCCUGGAACGGCGACACCAUCCAACCGCCCGACAUGAACCGCUAUUUCUCGCUGGCGUCGGCGGACCUUGUUGUGCCGAACAUGGAGGCAUGGGGCUUGCUGUGGGACUUCCAGACGCUUCGAGAGCUCGUCGACACCCUUCCUGGCAAUACACCACUGCAGAAUAAGGCAUUAGUUACCGCCAAUGAAAUCAUGAACGUAUUCAGCAAGGCUGACACUGCCUCGAUUGGAAGAUGCCGCAAGCUUGCAGAGGAGGUGUUUGGUGAAGGAUGGGAGAAGAAAGGCUCUGGUGUGUAUGAAGAGGGCCCCAAGAAGUCUAAUAUCUGGGGUAUCGGACACUGCCACAUCGACACAGCUUGGCUCUGGCCAUACCGCGUCACGCAGCAGAAGGUUGCCCGCUCGUGGUCUACGCAAGUAGACCUCAUGGAGCGCUACCCUGAGCACAGGUUCGCAUGCAGCUCGGCACAACAGUACAAGUGGCUCGAGGAGCUCUACCCGCCCCUCUUCGACCGCGUCAAGGAGAAAGUCCUCGAUGGCCGUUUCCACCCCAUUGGCGGCUCGUGGGUGGAGAACGACUCCAACAUGCCUUCCGGUGAAGCUCUCGUGCGACAGUUCCUCUUCGGACAACGCUUCUUCGAGACGAGGUUCGGCCAACGCUGCGAGACGUCUUGGCUGCCUGAUUCGUUUGGGUUGACUGGCGCCUUGCCACAGUUGAUUCGUGGUGCUGGGAUGAAGUACUUUUUCACGCAGAAACUUUCUUGGAACAAUAUCAACGUUUUCCCCCACAGCACUUUCAACUGGGUAGGCAUUGAUGGGACCCAAGUGCUUUGCCACAUGACGCCAGUUGACACUUAUACCGCACAAGCAACUGUCGGCGAUGUCAACAGAGGUCUGACCAACCACAAGAACCUCGAAUCCUCCGAUACCUCCUUGCUCGUCUUCGGUAAUGGCGACGGUGGAGGAGGACCUCUUGCGAAGAUGUUGGAAAAUCUCCGCCGCAUGCGAGCUGUAACGAACACCCACCGCGAGCUCCCACCUGUUAAUAUGGGUCAUUCAGUUGACGAGUUCUUCAAAGUUGUCGAGAAGGACUCCAAAGAAGGGAAAGUCCUUCCCAACUGGCAUGGAGAGCUAUACCUCGAGUUCCAUCGUGGUACGUACACCUCUCAUGGGUCUAUCAAGAAGGGCAAUCGUCACUCGGAAAUUUUGCUUCGUGACGUUGAGCAUGUUGCUACCCUGGCCUCUGUCUACAAGCACAGCGGCCAGUAUGUCUAUCCCAGGGGCAAGAUUGAUGAAUCCUGGGAGAAGGUUUUGUUGAACCAAUUCCAUGACGUUCUUCCUGGAUCGGCUAUUGGUAUGGUCUACGACGACGCCGAAGUCCUCUACUCCGAGGUCAAGAAAGAUGGUGAAAAUCUCCUCGAAGAAGCCUUCUCAGUCCUCUUCCCAGAUUCUGUUCCUCUUACGGCGUCCACUCGUUCCAAGACGCUCGCAGGGUCGUGCAAGAUCGUUGCCUAUAAUACAACCUUCUUCCCUCGCUGGGAUAUCAUCAAGAUUCCUUUGUCUAAAGCUGGUUCGGCGCUCAAGGCGCAGGUUCUUCAGGCAUCGGAUAGCGGCAGAGAAGGCUAUGCAAUCAUGCAUUGCGCGAACGGCGCUGGUUACGGAGAGCUCAAGCAUCCGUCGAAUGCUCUUCGUGCUCAGCUCAAGCCUGUGUCGGUUUACACCAACGGAUCCGACCACUUCGUCCUUCGCAAUGCAAGUGUCCAGCUGACGAUCUCGAAGGGCCGCAUCAGCAGCCUUGUCGACGUCAAGUUGAACCGCGAACUCAUUCCGGAGGGCGAGACGGGAGGCCUCGUUAUCUUCCAAGACAGACCUAACUAUUGGGAUGCUUGGGAUGUCGAAAUCCAUCAUCUGGAAACAGUCCAACCUCUCGCGUUCUCCAAUAUCUCGGUCGUUUCUCAAGGGCCCCUUCGUGGCUCUGUCAGGGCGGAAGUCAAGUACGGCCAGAGCACAAUCACAGUUACGAUUUCCUUGGAUGCUGUCCCAGCUACCGUUAAGGACAACUCGCGAUCUCUCUUCAACUUCGAUGCCGUCGUCGAUUGGCACCAACGCCACGAAUUCCUCAAAUUCGAACUUCCUCUUAACAUCCACAGCGACAACGCCACCUACGAGACUCAAUUCGGAUUUGUUCAGAGACCGACGCACAAGAACACGACAUGGGACAUCGCGAAGUUCGAAGUAUGCGGUCACAAAUACGCCGAUCUGAGUGAAUUUGGUUACGGAGUCGCCUUCCUGUCAGAAUCCAAAUACGGUUUCUCGUGUCAAGGCAAUGUCCUUCGCAUUUCUCUACUGCGUUCAGCUACUGCCCCCGACGCCGAACAAGACCAAGGAGAACACCACUUCUCAUGGGCUAUCUUACCACACGAGGGCCACUUCGUGGAGUCUGACGUCCCAGUCGCCGGUUACCUUUACAAUUCACCCCUGAGACUCCGAUGCCUGCGUUCUGGAGCUCCUAGUCUCAUGACACCUCUCAAGUCGCCUUUCGUUGUUGAAGGUGCCCGAAACGUCUUCCUCGAGACUGUCAAGCGCGGAGAAUACGACUCGUUCGACAAAGCUGUGGACUUUGAAGACAAAGACAAGCCAGCUACCGUCGUCCUCAGGCUGUACGAAGCCUUCGGCGGACAUGCUCAGGCUCGAUUGAGGAUUUCUAGCCAUCUCCCUGUUGUCAAAGCUUUCACGACCAAUCUACUCGAAGACGAGGAUGAAGAGUUGUACCUCGUGCGCUCAGCAGACGACGAUUCGGCCGAUGGCGCUCGUGACAGCAGCAUCUCUCUUGGCUUCCGUGGCUUCGAGGUGAAGACAGUCAAGCUCGUACUCGGUACGCUGCCUCCUAGCUCAUCCCAAAAAAGGAUUUCCAAGCGUUCCAGUUGGGUGAACGUUGACCAGGACCAGCUGCUGGCGCUUUAA